AUGCGAAGAUUACGGGAGACAAUGGUGAUUUUUACUACACUUCUCUCAGGUUUGGAAGCGAGUAGCAAUAGAUGUUACGUGUGUACAACAAUUGACGCGAACGCUAUGUUGAAGGAAAUCGCCGAUCCAAAUUGGCUUCGAUGGCUCGAAAACGUUAGAUACGCACCUUAUUCCGAACAAUGCGCGGAUAAGUUCAAGACAGAAAAAUUCGACCGAAACUUGGAAGUGUGCACUUGUGGUGGUAACUUAUGCAACGAUGCUCGCAACUUCCCAACAGCUAUCCCGUUUUUAAUCGUUAUUUUGUUCCGGUUACUACGAAAUGAACUAUGAAA